AGGGGAAAUUUCAGCUGAGGCCGACGAGCUGCUUAGUGCUCGUCUUCCGAGUUCUCACCUGAUCAAUUAGCGGCUAAUUUGUUCUCCAGCUCCUCGAAAUGGCGAACCCAAUGCUUCGAACUUGGCUUCUCUGGUGGAGAAAGUGGGGGAAGAAGGAUUGGGCCAUCGCCGCCGUCGGUUUCGCGGCCGUACUCUUCACGUUCACCCUACUGAUCGAAUCGGGAACAGAGGAUCCAUCGGCGAUUGGCAACCGGCCACUCGAUCUGCCCAUUAGCGCCGACGAUCCAGUGGAAUUGACAUUGCUGCGGAAUGCCAAGGAUAGAGGCGCAUGUACAAAUUCGAUUCACUUUCUAUUUUCUACUCUCCUUUUGUUUCAUCCUAUGAGCUCCGUGAGUUGAUAUUUCUCUUCAAAUUUUCCGAUCAAUUACACGGAAUAGUUUGUUUGGACGGGAGCUUGCCGGGUUACCACUUCGAGAAGGGUUUCGGGUCCGGAUCCAACAAGUGGGUGAUUCAUAUUGAAGGUGGAGGUUGGUGCAAUACAAUCGAGUCGUGUUCGUAUCGUUCCAGAACGGCGUUGGGUUCCUCCAAGUUCAUGGACCGCCAAGUCAUCUUCGCCGGAAUGUUAAGCCGUGACCCCUCCCAAAACCCUGACUUUUACAACUGGAACAGGAUCAAGAUUCGGUAUUGCGAUGGUGCAUCUCUGGCUGGUCACCCUGAAAGCGAGAAUGGAACGAAACUCUUUUUUAGAGGACAGCUCAUUUGGGAAGCCAUUAUGGAUGAACUCUUAUCAAUGGGAAUGGCCAAGGCUAAGCAGGCUUUUCUUACAGGAUGCUCUGCUGGAGGAUUGGCAACUCUGAUCCAUUGUGAUGACUUCCGCCACCUUUUGCCGAAGUACACGACUGUGAAGUGCCUUGCUGAUGCAGGUUUUUUCCUCGAUGAGAAGGACGUUGGUGGACAUUACACCAUGAGAUCUUUCUAUCAAGACGUUUUGCUCCUUCAGGGUGUGGACAAAAGUUUGCACAAGAACUGUGUAUCCAAGACCGACCCAUCUCAGUGCUUAUUUCCUCGAGAAAUCAUUAAAAACACGAGGACACCGAUUUUCCUUGUCCACCCUGGUUAUGAUUUUUGGCAGAUACGGAACAUUUUGGUUCCGGAUGUAUCAGAUCCUAGCGGACAUUGGCGGAAAUGCAGACAGGGUCUUCAGUACUGUAAUUCCACCCAGAUUGAAAUACUACAAGGUUUCCGAACAUCGCUCCUGAAUGCGUUGGAUGAAUUCAAGCAAAACAAGGAAGGCGGAUACUUCAUAAAUUCGUGCUUCAUCCAUUGCCAAACGUGGUUUUCUCCUACGUGGCAUUCACCCUCUUCUCCAAGAAUCAACAAUAAGACGAUUGCAGAAUCAGUUGGCGAUUGGUACUUUGACCGACAAGAAGUGAAGCAAAUCGACUGCCCUUAUCCCUGCAACCCUACUUGCCACAACAUGGAUUUCGCUCAACAUUGACCUUAUAAGUCCCAUGAUGGCAUUAAACUUCCUGUUUAUUUGUACAAUGUUUGACAAUUCCAGCUCUAUUCUCUCUGUGCCAAUAGACUUGUACAUUUAUACUCUUUCUGUACAAUUCUAGACUGAACGAACUGUCUUCUAGUGUUAAUACAAGUGGAACAGAUUGCUUGAAUAGGCCGCAAUCCACAUGUUGAUUGAUGCCUAUUGUUGCAAUCAAGCCCUAAAACCCUGCUAACGUAAUUACGAGCUACACAUGAC